AUGCACAUCGAAGAGGAAGAGACCGUCCAUGCUGAAAGUGCACAACUGGAGUCAGACAACACGUGCUUGCACAAUCCAGUUGGCUACUCGCUCACACUGAAGAAGCGCCUCGAGGUUGGCUUGAAGGCACAGGGAGAGGAGUUGGAGACCGUGCCCUCCCCUCCCCUCCCCUCCCCUACCCUACCCUACCCCAACCUUCUUUCCCGCCCCGUCUCGUCGCGUCGCGUCCGUCUCGUCCCAUCCCGUCCCGUGCCAUCCCGUAAAGGCGAUCAGACCAUUCUGGUGAAGUGUCGAGUGGCAUUGGUUGAAGAACUCAUUGGUGAGGCAGUUGACAGCACCGCCUACUUGACGGAAUAG